UCGCGCGGGAGCAGGACGACGACGAGCUCGUCCUCGAGCUCCUCGACGUGAUCGAGUCGGUGCGGUCGUUCGGGGACUACCGCAGGAGCCAGAAGAAGGAGUGCUUCAACCUCGUCCGCUGGAUGAAGCUCGUCGUCCCCUUCCUCGAGGAGCUCCAGGAGAUCGCGGCCCCGAUCCCCGACGCAGCCUACAUCCGCCUCUCCGCCCUCGCCAAGGCCUUCGCCGCCGCGAAGAAGCUGCUGCGGUGUUGCCACGACGGGAGCAAGAUAUACCUAGCGCUGGAGAGUGAGGCGGUGGUGGGUAGAUUUCGGAUGGUGUAUGACAAUUUGAACCAGGCAUUGGAUGGGAUGCCGUACGAUGAGCUCGGUGUCUCGGACGAAGUGAAAGAACAAGUGGAGCUGAUGAAUGUGCAACUGAGGAGGUCUAAGAGGAGAACAGAUACUCAGGACAUGGAGCUUGCAAUGGAUCUGAUGGUGAUACUCGAGAACAGGGAGGACCGAAAUGCAGAUAGAGCAAUACUUGAAAGGCUAGCGAAAAAACUAGAGCUGCACACACUAGCAGAUUUAAGGGCCGAAACAAUGGCAAUCAAAAAGCUUAUCAAUGAAAGAAACGGUGAAAAUUCUGAAAGUUCCCAAAAGAUUAUAGAGCUUCUGAAUAAGUUCAAGCAAAUUGCCGGUAUUGAAGACAGCAGUGCUCUAAAUGAUAUUUCAUUGCCAAAAUAUCUUGAAAAGUGUCCGUCUUUGAUGAUCCCCAAUGAUUUCCUUUGUCCGAUAUCUCUAGAGAUCAUGAGCGAUCCAGUUAUCGUUGCAACAGGACAGACAUAUGAAAGGCGAAGCAUACAGAUGUGGUUGGAUGCCGGCCACCGGACCUGUCCAAAGACGAGGCAAACUUUAUCGCACCUCUCGUUGGCACCAAACUAUGCCCUAAAGAACUUAAUUUUGCAGUGGUGUGAGAAGAAUAAAGUCGAACUGCUGAAAAAAGAUGCAGAUCCUGAACACGAACCUGGGGAAAAGAAAGAUGACAUCCCGUCCUUGGUGCGAGAUCUAUCCUCUAUUCAUCUUGAUGUGCAGCGAAGGGCUGUCAAGAAGAUCCGAGUGCUAUCCAAGGAUAACCCCGAGAAUAGAGUAUUCAUAGCCCAGAGCGGAGGCAUUCCGGCUUUGGUCGGCCUCUUACACUAUCCCGACUCCAAAAUAAAAGCAAAUACAGUGACUGCUCUGUUAAACUUGUCAAUCGAUGAGGGGAAUAAGCAGCUCAUUACAAAGGAAGGAGCAAUCCCGGCUAUAAUUGAGAUUCUGAAGAAUGGGACUGUGGAGGCUAAAGAGAACUCUGCUGCAACUUUAUUUAGCUUAUCUAUGCUUGAUGAGAAUAAGGUACUAAUUGGAAACUUGAACGGCAUUCCUCCUUUAGUAGAUCUCUUAAGAGACGGCACUAUUAGAGGGAAAAAAGAUGCUGCUACCGCUCUCUUCAAUUUGGUUUUGAAUAACAAAAACAAAGCAAGAGCUAUCGAAGCAGGCAUCACUCUACCUUUACUUAAUGUGCUGUGCGACAAGAAUCUGGGUAUGAUUGACGAAGCCCUAUCGAUUUUCCUCUUAUUAGCAUCACAUCCCGAGGGCCGUUGUACUUUAGAGAAGUUACCAUUUAUAGAAACUCUUGUGGGGUUUGUAAAGGAUGGAACUCCUAAAAACAAAGAAUGUGCAUUAUCUGUUCUCCUCGAAUUGUGUACACACAGUAAUUCUUUCUUAUUAGAUGCACUAAAAUUUGGCAUCUAUGAGCAUGUAAUUGAGGUAUCGAAGAGCGGAACGAGUCGAGCUCAAAGGAAAGCGAAUUCCCUGCUGCAGCUUAUUCGUCGUUGUGAUCACUUUUCAUGAAGAGCCAGGAAGUCUAGCUUCUGGUUAACUCUAGCUUUUGUGUCACCUAUCAGUGCUGCUCUCAUUCUAUGCUUCUGCGCUUUAAUAUGCUUCAACAGUUUGAUCAUGCUCUACUGAAUUGACGAUAUGGGAACAUCUGGAAAGUGAAUGGUGGAGAGUAUAGAUUUCCCAUAAAAAACCCUUAGAACCAAAUGUAAACUAAUUUCGCAAACAAAUUAUCUGUAUCGCUUGCUGCUACCGUAGAAAGAACGAUGUUUUUCUGUUUGUCGUUUAGCAGAAAGUGUGUUGUGUGAAAACUUUGUGUAAAUUCGUUUCUUAUAAAAGAGGUGGGGAUUAUGUGACAA